AAUUUGCACAUCCCCAGAUGACACAGAGCAUAAAUAUGGACAGCCGCGCUCCGUCGUCAUAUCAAUCUUGAAGUGGCGGGGAUAUAAUCAUGGGGCGGAAAAUAAGAAACAUGUUCUUCGCUGUGUUAGCAAUGUUCUUAAUAUCGUCUGCUGCAGGAAAAGUGUCCGAAACAGAUUGUACGGAUGGAACAUGCACAGGCAUUGAUCAUGCUGAAUGUGAUGAAAAUACUAAAUGCAAAUGUUCAGAUGGUUACGAAGAAGAUUCUACUGAUGGCAGUACUUGUGUCAAAAGAGCAGUGUCAGAAACGGAAUGUAAUAACGGCGAUGAAUGCAAAGACAUAGAGCAUGCUGAAUGUGAGAAAGACCAGACAUCUCCCAAAUGCAAAUGUUCAGAUGGUUAUGAAGAGGAUUCUACGGAUAAAAAUAAAUGUGUCAAGAUUUUAGGAGGAACUUGCUCAGAUAACGAUGGAUGCUUAAAAGUAGCAAAUGCGGUUUGCACUGGUGGUAAAUGUGCAUGUGAUACUGAUUUCGGAGAAAAGGAUAACGUAUGCAUUAGAACUGUUAGCGGAACAACAUGCGCGGAAAACGGAGAUGAAUGUGACGAUAUUGAUAACUCUCACUGUGACACUGACAAAUGUAAAUGUGACGCCGGUUAUGUCAUGAAUGUUCGCGCAUGUGUUGCAGAAAACGCAGCUGCAUCCAUACAGUUAGGGACUCUUACGGUUCUUCUGUGUGCUUUGGCAACUCUUAUACAGCAAUUCUGAUUUGGACGCAAAAGGAAAGCUUCUAUUGUGUGUGUGUGAUGGACAUUUAAUUUAUACCUUCUUCACUGCUCUUUUUUACAUCACAAUCAAUGAAUUUUAUAUACUCUCAUUUAUCAAAUCAAAUGUAGAAUUGACAUUUAAAGAAAAAAUCGCUUUAUUUCAAUAGAAAUAAAAAAUGAAUAAACAUUAAUCAAGAAAGGGAACUACAUGUACUGUAUUCUACACAGUCAUAAUACGUUUGUUUCCAUCAUUUUUUUUCACAAUCUGUAUCUAUUUCCUUUAAUGUUUACCUUUUUCCUUUAAAAUUUGUUUUAUGUUUGUGUGUAAAGAGUUUUUCAAAAAUUACAAAAGUCAACUGUUUAGUUCUUGCAUGAGAAAUGUUAUUGUAUGUAUGAAAUCAUUUUGCUUGUAAAUUUUGAGACAUUGCAUUUAUGGUACGCCAAAUAUGUGUUUUAAUCUUUAAGCAUAAUGGGCAAUUAAUCGGUGAAAAUAGUGUCAAAUAUUCGAAGACAGACUUAGUGCAAUUGGAAAAAAGAAUGGAAUAUAAAUUGCAGGAAUUAGCAUGAAAUUAAAAGUAAAUAGUGUAUAUAAACAUCAUUCAAUACAUCUCAGCAUUUUGAGUAUCAAUAAAUGCAUAAAAAAGGAUAUAACUCAUAUUUGAUUAACAUUAAAUGAACAGUGUUUUGGUGCUUACUUGGUUUACUGUUGCUUUUUUUUUCGUUUUUAUGGGUUUUUCUGUUGUUUUUUUUGGUUUUUUCCUUUCUUUUUUUUAAUGUGAACAUCUUUAAAAUUAAUUACUUAUUGUUGACAAGACACUAUUUCCGACGAACGCCAUGUGAUUACGUACAAACUCUUUUUCAUGCAAGAAUAUUUAAUUUAGUUAUUCCUUAACAAAGAAGAGAAAAAAAAGGAUACAUCAUAACUUGCUGUCAAUGAAGUUAAGUUGAACAUCAUAGACAAUUCCUUUCUAUAGAACUAAGAGAAAUCGUGAUUAUUUUACUAAAUAUAGAUUUAUAAAGAAUAUUUAUUUUGAUAUGAAUAUUGCUCAAAUCUUGUCUACUGAAUAAACAGUUGUAAUAAA